AUGUCUUCGUAGGUAAUGGCUUCCGCGUUCCGAUGGAUUCAGACGGGUCGGGAGACUGAAGACGAAACCCAUUGGGCCACGGCUUCUUCGUUUCUCUGCCCUCCGCUUGGAAUUUCAAGUAAAUUUCAAAGGCAGACGUCGUCAAACUUUUCACUCUCUAUAAACAGUUCGAUGCUGAGUUUUCUAACUUCGGAGACGUGUGGGAUAACUUCGUUUCUGUGGCCGGUGAGAGUUGCUACUGUUCAUAUAAGACAGUCAGUUGUUCUUCAUCAACAAGUUUGCGGAGUGAUUUAGUUAAGAACUAAUGACUUGUUGCUCUUUCAUUUUAAAGAAGAGUUCAUCGAGGCAGAAAGAUAAAUCUGAUGAAGAAGUACUACAAAAUGUGAAAAUAUACUCUUACAAAGUAUUACGGAAGGCCACUGAUAAUUUCAGCCCCGCUAAUAAGCUUGGAGAGGGAGGUUUUGGUUGUGUGUAUAAGGGCAGGCUAAAAAAUGGUGAAAUUGUUGCUAUUAAAGUUCUCUCCUCUGAAUCAAGACAAGGAGUGCGGGAGUUUUUGAAUGAGCUUACUGUGAUUUCCAAUGUAGUUCACGAGAAUCUUGUUAGUCUAAUUGGUUGCUGUGUGGAUGGAAACCAGAGAAUAUUGGUUUACAAUUACCUUCAGAAUAAUAGCCUUGCAAAAACACUUCUUGGUACGGAUUAUAGCAAUAUUCAAUUCAGCUGGAUAACACGAAGAAAAAUUUGCAUUGGUAUUGCUCGAGGACUUAAAUUCCUUCAUGAGGAGGUCCGGCCUCACAUUGUGCAUCGUGAUAUCAAAGCAAGCAAUGUUCUUCUGGAUAAAGAUUUGACUCCUAAAAUUUCAGAUUUUGGUAUAGCAAAGCUUCUUCCUGCUGAUAUGUCCCAUAUUAGCACCAAGGUAGCUGGAACAAUAGGUUAUUUAGCUCCAGAAUACGCUGUACGUGGGCAAUUGACAAGGAAGGCCGACAUAUACAGCUUUGGUGUUCUUCUAAUGGAGAUAAUUAGUGGACGAAAUCACACAAACACAAGAUUACCAUAUGAAGAUCAGAUUCUGCUUGAAAGAAUGUGGACACUCUAUAAGAAUGGUAAGCUUGAAAGCAUCAUUGACACAUCCUUAGAUGGUGAUUUUGAUGCUGAGGAGGCCUGCAGGUUUCUGAAGGUUGGUCUCCUUUGCACUCAAGAGAACCCAAAGCUUCGGCCUUCCAUGUCUACAGUAGUCAAGAUCCUUGAAGGUGAGAUUGAUGUUGAUUCCUUUGAAAUCACAGAGCCGGGUAUGAUCACUGACUUUAUGGAUCUAAAAGUGAGACAGAACAAUCAGAAUCUUGCCCCACUUGUCUUCUCUGCUAUUAACUCACCUCCAGAAGCUUCGCCCAAAUCUUCAGGCGACACCACACAUGCUUCUAUGAGUUUCACUGCAAUAAUUGAUCGUGCAUAGCCAUUUAUGAAGCUUCAAUUUAUUGACCUAGAUGGAAAUAUUGGGCAAUUUAGGGCUCAAAUAACAACUUCACUAUUUUUUUUUUGUUUCUAUUGCAAUAUUGUAUCAAUCUAAGAAAAAUAUAGGUUGUGCAUGGGAUAGAUAUGAUCCAUAAUAUCUGAAAAUAUAGAGAAAUAAUAAGAUUAAAUUUGGAGCUAUGGUGGUCAUCAUUUGCUGGCUUUGAGAAAGCUUUUAGUUGAAAGGAGAUCAUUUGGUCUAAUUCAAAUUUAGUUAAA